AUGUGGUCCUCUGAGCGCGGGGGCCGGCAGGGUUCUUUCAAGGAAAGUGGAGGAACCCAUGCAAGAACGCAUGGUCCCCGCUGCCGGUCUGGCUGCAAACCCCCCCUGACGACCACGGCACACAGCACUACAUGCCGCAACAGCAUAGCUGCUAACGGUCGAAAGCGCGAAGCCGACAUCAAGGACGAGGAUGACGACAAGGAAAACGCAAGCAGCAAUACAGCGUGUUCUGAAAACUCUACUUCAAGGAGUGCUUCAGGCACCUCCACUACCAGCAGCAGCAGCAGCAGGAGUAGAAAUGUCAGCAGGCCGCUAAAGUUUCAGAGAAGGCUCAGCAGCAAGGGGUCAGCAGUCCACAGCCUAUCUGCUGCACAGCCUGCACACGAGAAGAAAGCAGAUUAUUCAGGGGGAGACGGCGGGGGGGGCACACGGCUGCACCGCGAGCUGCGGGGCCUCAUUCUUGAAACCCCUUUGAAGAGCCGUCGCAUGUCUGCGUACUUCCCGGACUGGAGCCUCAACCAGAAGCUCGAUUUGCUCCUCAAGAUGGGAAUCGUAGCCACGACGAAGGUGAAUGAAAGCGAAGAAGUGCAUACCCUCAGCAUCUGCGGACAGUUCGCAGAGGAGAACCAUUUGGCGAUGCUGCAAGAUAGCGACAGGGUCUCCUACUACAGAAAGGCAUGGUUUCGAAACCAUUUGGCGAUGCUGCAAGAUAGCGACAGGGUCUCCUACUACAGAAAGGCGAUGAACUGGACGGGAGAAGCGAAGAGUGGAGGCAAAAGGCUGGUAGAAGGCCGUCGGGUUCUUGAAAUAGGCACAGGCCCCAUUUGCUUGCUCUCUAUAAACGCAGCGAUGAACUGGACGGGGGAAGCGAAGAGUGGAGGCAAACGGCUGGUAGAAGGCCGUCGAGUUCUUGAAAUAGGCACAGGCCCCAUUUGCUUGCUUUCUAUAAACGCCACAUGA